AUCGCAUCAUGCAUGCGUGAACACUAGUGCUGGUGGUGCUAGCUAGAUAGCCUAGCCGCAUGCGAUUCCCGGUCUGCCGUAGCGUACCCGUACUAUGUCUAGUCUCUCUGGUAUGUCCCGUAUGAAUACGUACGUACGUACAGGGCCUACACGGACUUAAAAUUUAAUGGCGCGGGCCAGGCUCGGCUACGACUGUGAAUUAGGUUCUUUUUUUCACUGUUAUUUUGAAAAACAACUGUCAAUGCACCCGGCCUGUAUCUGUGAAAUAGUCUUCUGAACAUUUCAUCCGAAAAAGCUAUUAUACUAUUAUAGCCUGUUGAGUGACGAGAGAACAAGACAAGCUCGAGAACUAAUGGUGAGGGCGGUAUGGCUUCUGCUCAGUGAUAGGACCGGACACUGGCGGGGAGCGAGCUCUGCAGCUUCAGCCCUCAGCGCAGUUCAGCACGGGAUAGAAUUUGAAAAACAUUGCAUUUGAGUGAGCCUUCCCUUGCCUGAUGGAUUCUAUUGACUCUCCCCUUUUGGACAAAGCCCUGCCCGCAACCAGUAUCCACUUCAAGUACACCCCAACAACGUUCAGACCUCAGCCGCCCCCCUUCAAGGCGGCUCCAAACUCCCAGAACAAAGACGAGUGGAGGAAGGACAGUGCAUGCCACGAUCAAUUGAACUCCAAGAAUGAAGAAUCUGGAGUCACUGAUCCCCAUGGCAACAACAAUAACAACGAAGACGGAAUCGAGAAGAUGACGUCAUCUGCUUCAUCUGCCCUUGCCGAUCCAGGAGUGACAGUACUAGUGGGAUGUGGAAUAGACAAUCUAUCGAGUGAGCGGCCUUCUCUGACACCCGUUGCCUUACAAUCGAACCAAAGACUACAGAACAAGACUGAACACAGCGAUACAGGGAUGGAGUAUAAACCAGUAGCCUCGUUGAACAGCCUCCUAGUCGGUGGUCUGUCGGACGCGCAGCACAUGACGUCAAUCAGUGGAAAAGACGGCAUGAUAAAUCUAAGCAAUAUUUCUUCCUGCAAGUCAAGUGGUUCCAUAGGGUACACAAGGACCAUAUUCCAUACCGACCAUGUGGGAGAUGGGAAUGAUUUUAAGAACGAUUCUGAGACAAUCAUCGACAGACCAGAAGAAAAUGCAUGUCGCACAUUACUGGUGAAUGUCUGUAAGUGGGCAUCCUGCUUCCAAAGAUUUGACAGGCUUGAUGAAUUGGUGUAUCAUGUCAAUGAGAGACAUGUGAGGUUAGAGAAAGACACAGAGUACUGCUGUAGAUGGGAGGGCUGUCAGAGGAAAGGAAAAGGAUUCAACGCAAGAUAUAAGAUGCUGAUCCAUGUUCGUACGCAUACUAAUGAGAAGCCCCAUCAAUGCCCGCUGUGUCUCAAGAGCUUCUCACGGCUGGAGAACCUCAAGAUACACAACAGGUCCCAUACAGGUGAAAGACCAUAUGUGUGUCCAGUUGAAGGUUGUAACAAGCGUUAUUCAAACUCCAGUGACCGCUUCAAGCACACACGCACGCACUUAGAGGAAAAGCCAUACAGCUGCAAAGUGCACGGCUGCCACAAACGAUACACGGACCCUAGUUCUUUACGCAAACAUAUAAAAUCACACGGUCACUACGCAAACCGUCACUCGUCUAAAUCAACCGACUCUCUAUCUAAUAGUACUAACUCACUGACUGCAAUAACGGGUCCUGUUGGUUUAAGUAUAACUUCAACAUCGCCCUCGUUGUCCAUUUCACCACCGACGCCCACUCCCAAGUCGAUCGUACCAGCCAUACCCACCAUGAGUACGGGAACGAGUGUAUCCGACGGGGUGAUCGUCUACCCCAUCAUAGUGCACCCUCCAAACUUACCACCUCACUACAGCUACGUGACGGUACCCACCGGGGCGCUAACAAGCAUUUCGACUGCCUUACCCACCAGCCCCCUCUUCGCUGGCCCCGCGGUCGCAUCCAGCAGCAUUAUGGGUAAUCAUCUGCUGGAGCCUGUCACCGCAGGGACUCUUAUGCAAAGUGCCAAACUUGACGCGACCUAUGCGGGUCUGAAUCUUGGUCUAGGUGCCUUACCGUUGGACUCUACCAAAAGGGAUGAGAGACUUCGCCUCUCGAUAAAGCCAUCGGGGAUGGAAGUUCUAAUUCCUGGAGUCGUGAAUCCCCUAGCUAAAACACAGUCUGUGCCUUCUACUACUGCUGUAUCAAGCAGUAUGUCAUGAUAAUAGUACUUAACUUCCAUCAGUAAUUGGCUUUUAUAGAUAUUAUGAAAUAUUGUAUUCAUACUUUGUAUUUUUAGGCAAUAUGGCAUUUUUGAUUUUUUUUCUUCUUCUAUCGCAUGGUAUAGAAAAAUAUCUGUCACGAAAUUCAUUGUGCCUUUAUUAACCUUUGAAAAUGAUUCAAUUUGCAAAAUUUUCAAAAGGAUUUUCAAUGGAUUUUAUCCUGAGAGCAUCAUAAAAGUAUUUUGAAUGAUUAAACAGUCUACUCUUACUAAACUGAAUACAGUCAUAUAGUAUUUCAAUAUUCUUUUGUUCUUUUUAACUUGGGGUCAUUCUGCAUGACUUCCCUAAACAAACGUUGCACAAGUUUUUUUGACAAAAUCUCAGCAUGAGCUGAAGAUGCGAUAACCCUGGCAAGCGAGUAAGUUUAUAUGAAAGAAAUACUGUAGUAAUGAAAUUUAUUAAUUUGUAUUUUAAUUUUCUUUGAUAUUUAUUAACUUGAAAGUCUAUGUAGACUUGGAUAAAAGAUAGUGCACUGGUCUAUUGACAAGGAUGAAACCUUGUAUGGAUUCCUUUUAAUCAUGUAAAUUCACCCUGUAUCCAUUUUGAUUUUUUCCUAAAGCCUGUAAAAAAAUUGGUUUACCUAAAAUUAUGUUUACUUUGCACAUUGCUUGACAAUCAAAAGAAUAAGGAGUAUUCUGAUUUAACAAUUGAAAUCCUUUAAGAAGAGUAUACCAUUAAUGGAACCCACUGCAUUUCUUAAAGUGUACCAGUCUACUGAAACAAUAAUAAGGGGCAUGAAAAACAAUGUCCCUUUGCACAGAACCCAAGUUGGACAAUUUAUGUUCUACGUUCUAUGUGAGCAUAUACGCCUGCAUCAAAUAGUCUACUCAGAAGUCGCCUUUCUGUUUAUUAAGAGUGUAUUUAUACUUGUGAUAUCUCUCUGUAGAAGUAAAAUUUGAAGGUUAUGUACUUCCACUAUAGUAUAAACUUGGAGCACUUAAAAUAAUUAUAGAGUACAAUAUUUUUUGGUGAUCGGUAUACUUUGAUGCCUACCACAUACCUUGAUAUGUGAGACAAGCUACUUUUUGUAGUAUUUCAACGAAGCACUUUGGAAACACACCCAUGUUAUUGUUUCCUUGUGUUGCUGAAAGCUGCACCUCUUUUUU